GCAUGAAAAAGAAAGAGAGGAAGGGCUUGACACAAAAAGGUUUUUUUUCUGGUUUUGCUUGUCAUACUUGCACAAUCACAUGCUGAUGCUGCAAACUAUAUGUGUGAGCAAGAUGAAGGCUGGGUGAGAAAUGAAGAGCUGCAAAACAGCAAAAUGUGUAUGUGAGAAAGGGAGAGAACUAGUCAUAGAGAGAUAUGAGUUCUGCUCCACCCACAAGCAUCCAUGUCCAAAUUUAGGGGGAGGUAAAACCAUUCAAUGUGCUGUUAACUGGCAUUAUUGAGUUGUUUGAGUCAGGGGAAGGGGCUUGUCAACACAUCUCCUAAAGAAUUUCAUUCUGUUGGAACAGCAAUGACUUCUCAUGCAAAGCUUCGAAAGGAAAGGGUUGGUGUGGUGGACUAUGAUACACAGAUAAAAGAGAUGCGUUGUCAGCUUCUAGACCAACUGAAGGUGCUGGACCUGCAGCUGGAGCAAAAGACCCAACAACUGCAGGACAUGACAGAAUACCUGAGGCGACGGGGUGAGAUUGAAAGCGAAUACGCCCGUUCCCUGGAAAAACUUACAGAAAGGUUCACUUUGAGGAUUAAAAGAAAGGAGCCCAGCACUCACUCAGUCUCCCUGGUCUGGCUGGCUCUCCUGUCUCAAACCCGCCAGGAAAGCAAGGACCACAGUGGACUCAGUGAAAGUUGCAGCAACAUCCUCAUUCAGCCCAUCAUGCACUGUCUGGAGUACACACAACGUCUUGCUAAGAAGAGUAAGGACCUUUGUACUCAGCUGCAAGACGGACUACUCAAGGUUACCUCUGAGCUCCAGACGGCGCGGCGGACGUACCACCAGUAUCACUCAGAGUUUGUUUGUGCAGAGGGGAAGCUGAGGGAGGCGGAAAAACAGGAGGAAAAGCAAAAGCAGAGCGCUGCUAAAAAACUGGAAAGGUUGAUAGAAAAAAGACAAGUUAAAGUCCAGGAGAUACAGUUGAAGUGCAGCAAGGUCAGGAACGAAUACCUCCUAAACCUGUCUGCAGCAAACUCUUCCAUGAAUAAGUACUACCUUCAGGACAUCACCACUCUCAUAGAUUGUGCAGAUGUAGGAUACCACCUGUCUUUGGGUCAGGUCAUGCAAGCCUACCUGUCCAGACAGUCAUGGGCCCAGCAGAACCUGAACAAAGGUCUGCAGCAGCUCCAGGAGGCAGUGUCCGGACUGGACCAGAGCCGUGACAGAGACACACUACUGCAGGACCACUACAACACCUUCUCCAUGCCCCUUCGCUUCCCCUACCAGCCCCACGAAGAAGACCAGAUUUCUGAAGUUAGUGCAGAGUGUGAAAUGAGGUGCGAGAUAGAGAUUCGAUUCAAGCAGAUACAAACCCGACUGAAAACAGUCACUGAAGAAACGGAAGAGGCUGGUAAAAGCAUGUUGACAGCCAAGUCCUCACUACUGGAGGGCAUUAGUGACAAUGAUCUGGAGUCCAGUGUUGGUUUUGGGCUUUCUCAGGCGGGCAGCAAUGAGAAUCUGACUGUUAAACCCAGCGUAGCUCGACGUAGGGCCAACCUGCUGGAAGUAGAAAACGUCUACUUCACUAAAGUAAAAGAAUAUCUUGUUGGCAGUUCACUGGUGUCUAAGCUCCAAGCUAAACAUGACCUGCUUAAAGUGGCUGUGGAAAAAGCUGAAGCAUCAAGUGGAAAUCACCCCAGGUUUUCUGGGACGUCUCUGUGCAUCAGAAAAAAUCAUUCAAGUGGCAAUUUGUUUCACAAUCACAAACUUUUCAGUGGAGACAUGUUGUCCUUCAUAAAGGCUUCAGGGCAACAGAUUCCGAACAUCGUGGAAAGCUGCAUUCGCUUUAUCAACCUUUAUGGUCUCCACCAUGAAGGAAUUUUUAGAGUACCAGGAUCACAGAUGGAGGUCAACGGCCUGAGGGAUGCAUUUGAACGAGGAGAGGAUCCACUGUCUGAACGGAGAUAUGAUCUGGACUCUGUGGCCGGAGUGCUAAAGCUCUACUUCAGAUGUCUGGAGAAUCCUCUGUUUUCUUUGGACAGCACCAGUCAACUCUUAGAGUGCUGCCAAAUAAAGGACGAUGCAGAGAGAGCAGCUCAUCUCAAGGCAGUGGUAUCUUCCUACCCUGAGCCCGUCAUUGUUGUCACGAGAUACCUCUUUGCCUUCCUUCAUCAUGUGUCUCAGUACAGUGAUGAGAACAUGAUGCAGCCAUACAACCUGGCCGUGUGUUUCGGCCCCAGCUUGGUAAGAGGGCAACAGGAUGAUGAUGUUGUGACUCUGCAACCUCAUAUCAACGCCCUGGUGAAGGACAUCAUCCUGCAGCAGGAGAGCAUCUUCCCCAGUCAGAGUGAAGUACAAGGACCAAUGUAUGAAAAGUGUAUGACACUCGAACAGGGCGACUGUGAGGUUAAUACUGAAGGAGAAGUUGAGGUGGAGUACACUCAAAGCAAAGACGAUUUCGAAAUGGGAUUUUCGGCUGAUAAUGGUCCAGAUAUGUCUGCAGCACCCGCAUCGACAAAAGCAGACCGUCCAAGAGCCAACAGCAGUGGCUGCUUAGAUUACAGUAUGAUACCAGCAGGAGGCGGCCUUUCUGCAGCUGGAAAGAUAACCUUGCAGAUUCCAGUUGGGCCGCAGUUUAUGCAAAGAAGAGCACUCUCUCCUUCUCAUGUGCGCAAAGAAUUUCAGCAACAUUCAUCCUCAGAGGACUUGGUUGGUAAAGUUGAUAAGGAAGUCUGUCAAAACAUGGACUCUGUCUUCAAGGAGCUUCUGACACGACAAAUACAGCAGGAUGCCUCCAUAUCGGCUGCUUCUGUUCAUGCUCAACAGAAAAAAGGAAAGCGUGACGGACGGAGGGGGAGAGGAACUGGGAUUUUCAGAGCAGCAGAUCCGCUGGACUGAGAGGACCAGCAUCUGCAAAUGACAUAAACAGAGGCGAUGCUAAUGAAAACCGAUGGGAAAUAUGAGGGGAUCUGACAUCGGCUUUCAGCACAUCUAUUUCUAGAAAUCGAUGGCCUGCGACCCGUGGUUCCUACUCCGAGGCACCAAGGACUCAACAACUGCUCAUGAUUUUUACUGGAGUGACUUUAGACCUACAGUAAUUUAUGAAAACUGUGAAUAACCUGAAAUGCAAAAAUGUUUGCGCACAACUAAAUGAGGUUCUGCAACUUUAACUUGGUUAUCAGCUGGAUAGUUAUGAUCCAGUUAUGUUCUAAUUUUCAAACAUGUUUUGCAUGAACUCUUUUAAAAUAAGAUGAAUGCAUACAACUUAUAAACAACUGUGAAUACUGUGGCUGUAGUGGUUUGUUUAUAUAUAUAAAAAUAUUUUUUUCCCACUUUGAUUUGUCUGUACAUAAUAAACCUAUUCUAUUUUGACAUUUAAUUCUAGGCAAAUAUGCACUCAAUACUUUGGAAAGUUGUACAACACUUCAUAGUGUGAAGGAGCGGAGCAUCAAAACUGAGCCACAUCGAAAAAAAUGUUAUUUUCUUUCAAUACAGUUUGUGGUGUUACCUUGAUAUGCAGGAAUAACUGCAAAUAAACAUUCCUCUGAAGUUU